AUGCCUAGCGGCAAAUACAGUACCUGGACGGAUGAGGAGAAGGCGGACGUGACGGACUGGAUGCGUCGCCACAAGCAUCUGUCAUGGGAAGCCCGAUGUGUGGAAUAUCGUCGCCAGAAAGGCAUCCACAGGACGGUGAGCUCGCUGCGAAACGGCUUCGGCCGAUACAAGAAUGACGGGGAGCAGCCUCCAAUUUCGACCAAAGCGAGCAAAGCGAGCAAAUCGAGCAAAUCGAGCGAAUCGAGCAAAUCGAGCGAAUCGACCGACCCAGACAGAGCGAGAUUCGUCGACCGGAUUCCUCCUCUCCCCCAAUGCUCAGCUUCGAUCCUCUGGACCCGCGGGUUUGCGUAG